ACGCAGCUUUCACAACCUCGGAUUAUUCAAACCAGGAACUUUCGGGUCAGAAAAAGCUGACAUAUAACGCCUACAUAAUUAGUCUGUUUUUGUCUGCCUGCUGUCAGAGAAGUCACCAUGACUCCACUGUCAAAUUGCUGGAUGUAUUUAGUUGUCCUAUCCCUGGCAGUGAACUCCAGCCAUGGCUUAAGAAGAAUUGCUCUCAAGAAGAUGCCAUCCAUCAGAGAGACGCUACAGGAGAUGGGAGUUUCUGCAGAGCAAGUGUUGGCUGAACUGGCCCAGAUGAACGCAGCCGACCCCAACAAUGGGACAGUUCCCACACCUUUAACAAACUACUUGGAUACUCAGUACUUUGGAGAAAUUAGUAUCGGCUCCCCAGCCCAGAUGUUCAACGUGGUGUUUGACACAGGUUCAGCCAACCUGUGGGUGCCCUCGCAGCGCUGCUCUCCUUUCUCAACAGCUUGCUUCACUCACAACAGGUAUGAUUCUUCCCAAUCGCACACUCAUGUUGAGAAUGGGACCGGAUUUUCAAUCUACUACGCCUCUGGAACUAUCAGGGGAUUUCUGAGCGAGGAUGUUGUUGUGGUCGGUGGUCUCCCCGUUGUUCAAGUAUUUGCUGAGGCCACCUCUCUGUCUGCCAUGCCAUUUAUCUUUGCCAAGUUUGAUGGAGUUCUGGGGAUGGGCUAUCCUAACGUGGCCAUUGACGGCAUUACUCCAGUGUUUGAUCAAAUUAUGUCUCAGCACAUCCUCAAAGAAGAAGUGUUUUCAAUCUACUACAGCAGGGAUCCAAAACAAUCCCCUGGUGGAGAACUGCUCCUCGGGGGAACUGAUCCAAACUACUACACUGGAAAUUUUAACUAUCUGGAAACAAGAGAGAUGGGAAAAUGGGAGGUCACCAUGAAAGGGGUUACUGUGGGGGCGGAGAUGAUGUUUUGUGCAGAGGGCUGCACAGCUGUGAUCGACACAGGCUCCUCAUACAUCACAGGUCCGGCCUCCUCCGUCUCAAUGCUGAUGAAAACUAUUGGAGCUCAGCUGGAUGAAACUGGAUAUAAAGUCAACUGCGACACUGUGAAGAUGUUGCCUAGUGUCACGUUUCACCUGGGAGGCCAGGACUACUCUCUGACGCAUGAAGAUUAUAUAAUAUGGCAAUCACAGUUCGAAGGGGACGUCUGCAUCGUCACCUUCAGGGGCUUGGAUGUGCCACCGCCUACAGGUCCGAUCUGGAUUUUGGGAGCCAACUUCAUUGCCCGAUACUACACAGAGUUUGAUCGUCGCAAUAAUCGGAUAGGGUUUGCUGCGGCAGUCUGACGAGAACUUUAAGUUCAAUUGUGUUCACCUUUCUCCCCACUUUACUUUUUUUACUGCUGUUUUCCAUCUUUUUCUUGUCACCUAUAAGUGGGGGACUGACUUUCAUCUGCUUACAAGAUGAGUAUUUUUAAACAGCAUUUACUGAUGUUUUUCCUCUUUUAUUUGACUCAUGUUGCACUAUAAAUUAUAAAAGAAGUAAUGUUACUCUUGUUUAUCAAUAAAUUAAUGCUUUCUGUCUGUCACUCUGCUUGUUAUAAAAACAUAUAUAUGUAUAUUUCCUAUGAGAAUAAAAUUGCAGUGCAAGAUAUUAUUAUUCUCAUCUGUUUCCAUUUCAGUGUAGUGUAUGCAUUGUAGUUUCCAACUACAGC